AUUUACCAAAGACGCCCUAUUUGCAGGGUAGGACUCAAUGCUGGCAUUGACCUUUCUUUACCAAACACAGCCAAUCCUCUACUCCCUACACAAGUAACACCACCCUCGCAUCCGGGCCACCACCCCCCAAGAAGAGAAGAAAAAACUGUUGCCGGCACGAUAGAGAUCAAGACUCAAAGAGUAUAUCGCAAACUGAAAUGGGUAUCUUCAAUUUUCUGCUUUUAACUAUCACUUUGCUCCUGAACCUCUUACUUCUAGCUGCCACCGCUUACAAUGUGGGAGAUCACGUCCCCCUUUUUGUCAACAAAGUUGGCCCUCUUCACAAUCCCAGUGAAACAUACCAAUAUUAUGAAAUGCCUUUCUGUCGCCCAGAACGGCUUUUUGAAAAGAAGGAAACUCUUGGGGAAGUUUUGAAUGGCGAUCGUUUGACAAAUGCUCUAUAUAAGUUGGAAUUUGCAGUGAACAAAACUGGGGUAGUUCUUUGCAACAGGAAGCUUGAUAGGGGCAAUGUAGCAAAAUUCAGGGAUGCUAUAAUGAAUGACUUUUACUUUCAGAUGUACUAUGAUGAUCUUCCUUUGUGGGCUUUCAUUGGCAAAGUUGAAGAUGAAAGCUGGGCUGUUGAUGGUAAGGGGCCAAAGUAUUUUCUCUUUAAGCACGUUCAGUUUGAUGCUCUUUAUAAUGGCAACCAAGUCAUAGAAAUUCGUGCCUUUGGUGAUCCAAGUCAGGUAUUAGAUGUGACAGAAGAUGUUGACUUUGAUGUUGAGUUCGUAUAUUCAGUGUUCUGGAAAGACAUCUCUACUCCAUACAAGAACAGAAUGGACAGAUACUCACAGACUUCUAUGAUGCCUAUACUCCGAAAAACUCAUUGGUUCUCAUGUGUUAAUUCAAUCGUUAUGAUUAUUCUCGUUAUGGGUCUGCUUACUGUGCUUUUCAUGCGGCAUCUCAAGAAUGAUAUGAGAAAAUGGUCGGCUGGAGCUGAAGACGAGGAGAAAGAGGUUGGUUGGAAAUACAUUCACAGUGAUGUGUUCAGAUGUCCCACCAACAUGCCAUUAUUUUGUGCUGUUUUGGGCUCCGGUACACAAUUGUUGACUCUGGUUUUUGCCUUAUUUGUUUUGGCUUUUCUGGGCAUCCUCUAUCCAUACAGCCAUGGCGUAAUCUAUACUUCUAUAUUUGGAAUUUACACUCUUACAUCUGCAAUUGCUGGCUAUAGCAGUGCAUCAAUCUACAGUCAAUUUGUUGAAACUGGAUGGCAAAGAAGCAUUCUUCUGGCUGGAUUGCUUUUCCCCGUUCCAUUUCUCUUCACUGUAUUUAUCCUUAACUCACUGGCCUUAUAUUUUGGGGUGACUGCAGCUCUUCCAUUUGGAACCAUAUUUGUCAUAUUUCUCAUAUAUACUCUUGUUGCAAUUCCAUUACUUGCCAUUGCUGGGAUGGUUGGCCACCACUAUACGUCUGGAUUCCAAGCACCUUCGGUCACAAAAAAGUACCGAAGAGAGAUUCCAUUGCUGGCUUGGUACCGGAAAAUCCCAGCUGAAAUGUUUCUUGGAGGGCUUUUACCUUUCAGUGCUACAGUCCUCGAGUUUCACCACUUGUGUGCUACAGUAUGGGGAUAUAAAAUAUCUACUCUUCCUGGCAUUUUGUUCAUUGCAUUUGCCAGUCUUGUCAUUCUCACCACAAUGCUAAGUGUUGGCUUGACAUUCUUUCAACUGGCAGUGGAAGACCAUGAAUGGUGGUGGAGGUCUGUAUUGCGUGGGGGAUCGACAGCUCUAUUCAUGUUUGCCUAUUGCAUAUAUUUCUACCUCAAAUCAAAUAUGAGCGGUGUUUUGCAAACAUUCUUCUUUUUCGGCUACAGUGCUUGCAUGUGCUAUGCAUUUUUCUUGAUGCUUGGAGCAUUGAGUUUUCGAGCUUCUUUAAUUUUUGUUCGGCACAUAUACCUUGGUGUCAAAAGUGAGUGAGCUUGCAGUUGCUCGGUGCCAUGGCAGACGACCUUUGGAAGUUUAGAAAUCAAAAGACCAAGAAAACAUGUACUCGAUCUUUUAAUUUGUACAAAAUUGGUUGACAGUAUACAAUGUUAGAUGCUUUGAAAUUGUCAUUCGUGACAUCCAAUUCCCGAUUCUUAUACACGAGUACCCUUGCCUUUUAAAUUGUUUUAGGAGAAUAUUUUUUCAUAUCAAUUCUGGUCUUUGGUUGCUUUGUGGAAAAUACUGGUAGAGGUUUGACUUU